CCGCGGCCCCGGGCCCCGGCUCCGGCGCCGUCCCCCCUCCCCGGCCGGGCGCCGCGGCCCUGGCAUGAGGAGCGGGCGAUGAUCCCAGCCAACGCCUCCGUCAGGAAGGGGCCCGAGGGCAAGUACCCGCUGCACUACCUCGUGUGGCACAACCGCCACCGCGAGCUGGAGAAAGAGGUCCGCGCCGGCCAGGUGGACAUCGAGCAGCUGGAUCCCCGUGGGCGGACCCCCCUGCACCUGGCCACCACACUGGGACACCUCGAGUGUGCCCGUGUGCUCCUGGCACACGGUGCAGAUGUGGGCAGGGAGAAUCGCAGCGGCUGGACAGUGCUUCAGGAGGCUGUGAGUACCCGGGACCUGGAGCUGGUGCAGUUGGUGCUGAGGUACCGGGACUACCAGCGGGUGGUGAAGCGGUUGGCGGGCAUCCCCGUGCUCCUGGAAAAGCUGCGCAAGGCCCAGGACUUCUAUGUGGAGAUGAAAUGGGAGUUCACUAGCUGGGUGCCCUUGGUGUCCAAGAUCUGCCCUAGUGACACCUACAAAGUGUGGAAGAGUGGGCAAAACCUGCGGGUAGAUACCACGCUCUUGGGCUUUGACCACAUGACGUGGCAGCGAGGGAACCGCAGCUUCGUCUUCAGGGGCCAAGACACAAGCGCCGUGGUCAUGGAGAUUGACCACGACCGCCGGGUGGUGUACACAGAGACUCUGGCACUGGCUGGGCAGGACCGUGAGCUGCUGCUGGCUGCUGCCCAGCCCACUGAGGAGCAGGUGCUGAGCCGGCUUACCGCGCCUGUUGUCACCACACAGCUUGACACCAAGAACAUCUCCUUUGAGAGGAACAAGACUGGCAUCCUGGGCUGGCGCAGUGAGAAGACAGAGAUGGUGAAUGGGUAUGAAGCCAAGGUAUAUGGGGCAUCCAAUGUGGAGCUCAUCACCCGGACACGGACAGAGCAUCUUUCAGAACAGCACAAGGGCAAGGUCAAAGGCUGUAAGACACCUCUGCAGUCCUUCCUGGGAAUUGCUGAACAGCAUGGGGGCCCCCAAAAUGGGACCCUGAUCACUCAGACUCUGAGCCAAGCCAACCCCACUGCCAUCACUGCAGAAGAAUACUUCAACCCCAACUUUGAGCUUGGCAACCGGGACAUGGGCCGCCCCAUGGAACUGACCACCAAGACACAGAAGUUCAAGGCCAAGCUGUGGCUGUGUGAGGAGCAUCCCCUGUCCCUGUGUGAGCAGGUGGCCCCCAUCAUUGACCUCAUGGCUGUCAGCAAUGCGCUUUUCGCCAAGCUCCGGGAUUUCAUUACCCUGCGCCUGCCCCCUGGUUUUCCUGUCAAGAUUGAAAUCCCAAUCUUCCACAUCCUCAACGCUCGCAUUACCUUCGGGAACCUCAAUGGCUGUGACGAGCCAGUGCCAUCGGUGCGAGGCAGCCCCAGCAGUGAGACCCCUUCCCCAGGCAGCGACUCCUCCAGCGUCAGCAGCUCCAGUUCCACGACCUCCUGCCGCGGCUGCGAGAUCUCCCCCGCGUUGUUCGAAGCCCCGCGCGGCUACAGCGUGCUGGGCGGCCAGAGGGAGGCGGCCACACGCGAUGAUGACGAUGACCUGCUUCAGUUUGCCAUCCAGCAGAGCCUGCUUGAGGCGGGUAGUGAGUAUGAUCAGGUCACUAUCUGGGAGGCGCUAACCAACAGCAAGCCUGGCACUCACCCCAUGUCCUACGACGCUCGCCGACAGGACAGGAGCGCCCCGCCCACGCCGCAGCGCCAGCCUGCGCCCCCCGCGGCCCUGGCGUCGGUGCCCAGCCCUCGGCCCAGCCCGCGCCCCGGCCCAGGUGGCCAUGUGUUCCGGAGCUACGACGAGCAGCUGCGGCUGGCCAUGGAGCUGUCGGCGCAGGAGCAGGAGGAGCGGCGGCGGCGCGCGCGCCUGGAGGAGGAGGAGCUGGAGCGCAUCCUGCGGCUCUCACUGACGGAGCAGUAGCGCCCAC